AUGUCGGAUACACGCCCUAGAUUCGUCAAAGUACCGGAGGGCUGGCUAUGCAAUUUAGGAGAAUUCGAACGAUCCAUACGACCACCGCCACAUGACUGCCCCGACUGUCAGACGGGGUACUACACUGAGAGCGAACAGCCGUCUACAUACGUCAAAGCACUUCAGGAGAGCAGAAAGCACAUCACCAAUCGACUUGGCUCCUAUGCUGAUCCCCUUAUGAGCCGUUGGCGGAAGCGAAGCCAGGAAAAACGUCGCGAGCUGCUGCACAAGGCCGUGCCUGAGCUGGAGGAAUCGCAGUGGAUCAACUCCAGAUACGUAUAUAGCGACGAAAAAUUUCGGUACGGUGAGCGAACUGUACAAAGGCGACGCCAGCUGUUGGUUCCAAGGCUCAAUGUCGAGGUGCUCAAGACGAGCCCGGCCAUCCUGUUCGCCCUCCUCCAUUAUCGGACUCUAUAUCCACCAGAGGACUUCGCUCCGCUAGACUGUCGUCAGAUGGAAUUAUCAUGGGCCUAUGGAUACUUUGACGUCGAACUCUCUGCCAAGCGCGUCGUCAUGUCCGGACCACGAAUCACGGACGAAAUUCUCGAGGGUGCAAAUGCUGCAGAUGCCAGUGCAAAGACGGAUAGGUGGAGGGACCUCACGUCGAUCGGUUUCCGACACCCGGGGGAGACCGAGCUCUGGUCUCCCUACACCAACCCAGCUUUCUCUCGGCCUCCCAAGCUCAACAUGGGAUGCAUGGUAUCCAUGGCCCAGACGCGCAAGGAAGAGGCUAUCGACCAUCUCAUCGAUCUUCAGUGCGACCCAGCAUAUCUUCGCCGUCACAUCAACGGUCUCUUCAGCAACACGCUCUUUCGCGUGUUGGAUACCGAGGACGCGGCAAUGAUGGUGGCUCGAUACAUCCACACGGAGUAUACCAGAUACUACUGGUGGUACUGGAUUGAGAUUGAGUGCAAGCAUGUGCGGGGCCUACACGACAGAUUUUCAGACAGUACGCAUCCCGGCCAGCCGAUCCCUCCUAAGUACGACCGGGCACUGGGCGCUUUGGAGCUUCUCCUCGUCACUCAAGCCCUGGAGCGGAUUCACCGCUUCAAAUCUCUCAUGCCCUGGGUCGCUCGCGGCUUGUCGUGGGACUCGAAUCCGAACACAAAGAAGGCUCUAGAGAACGACCCGCUCGAUUGGUGUCCCCAUCAAAUGAUGGGCAAGCCAGACGACUAUAAACACUUUGAUCACGCCAUGAUCUUUGCAAUGAUUGACGACCAUCUGGUCAAGAAUAACAGAAAGGAAGCAGCUCGUAUCGAUGAGUUCCUCAUGCGCGAGAUGGCCGACAUUUCUGCCCUCCACCACUCGAAUCAAGAGUUCAAGAAGAUGGGGAAGGCCCUUGUAGACGGCUUCUACGAAGGAAAGGCUCCCAGCGGCGCCAAGAAUAAGGCAUGGCUGCAGCAAAGCCAGACUAUGCAAGGCUUUGUCGAGGGAUUCUUCAAGAAAUUGGAAAACUUGUUUCGGAAAGAUCCCGAAGGAAUCAGCCUUGAAGCGGAAACCAUCGAAGAGUUUCUGAGUGAUGUGCUCGUCCAGAACGAGCCAGAAUAUCUGGAAGCAAUUGCUUCAGAAGAAGAGGAGAUCAUGACCCAGAUCACCAAGGCCAAGAAGACUGCCCCGACACCUUUCUAG